AUGAAGCUCAACGCCAUUCUUUCCUCCGGCCUCAUGGCCGCCGUCGCUCUGGCAGCACCAACCCCAACUAUCGAUGAGCCGAACGCUUCGUUCAACAAGCGCGCUAGCGUCACCGAGACUCCAGGUGGAUAUGCAAGCCAGAACGGUGGAACUACUGGAGGAGCUGGAGGAACCACCACCACUGUCAGCUCCUUCGCCCAGUUCACCGCAGCAGUUGCUGGUGAUGCUAAGAAGGUCGUCUUCGUUUCUGCCCCUAUCACCAGCUCGGUGAAGCAGGUCAAGAUCGGUAGCAACACUUCAGUCAUCGGAAAAUCCUCCAAGGUUGUUUUCACCGGCUUCGGUGUCCUCGUCAAGGACGCAAAGAACGUCAUCAUCCGUAACAUCGGUAUUGCCAAUGUUGUGGCCGCGAACGGCGACGCAUUAGGAAUCCAGAAGUCCACCAACGUUUGGGUUGAUCACGUCGAUCUCAGCUCCGACCGUGACCAUGACAAAGAUUUCUAUGAUGGAUUAUUGGAUGCCACCCACGCUGCUGACUUCAUCACCAUCACCAACAGCAAGAUCCAUGACCACUGGAAGGCAUCCCUCGUCGGACACUCCGACAGCAACAAGGCUGAGGACACUGGCAAGCUUCGAAUCACUUAUGCCAACAACCACUGGCUCAACAUCAACUCCCGUGGACCAUCUUUCCGCUUCGGCACUGGCCACAUGUUCAACAACUACUACGAAAACGUCUCUGAUGGAAUCAACACCAGAUCCGGCGCUCAAGUCCUUGUUGAGAACAACAUUUGGGCCGGCAAGUCCAGCAAGGCACUUUACACCGUUAACGAUGGAGGAGCCGUCGCCAGCGGCAACGACUUCGGACCCUCCGAGAACACCGCACCCGCUGGAACUCUCAAGACCGUUCCAUACAAAUACACCUUGGUCGCAGCAUCUGCUGUCAAGGCUGCUGUUGUUGGCAAGGCCGGUAACACUCUCACUUUCUAA